UUUCUUUUAAGGUUUUCCCUUUUAUUUGCUUUUAUCCGAUUAAAAAAUUUCUGUGUUGUCGGUCUCAUACAUAUUUUCUCCGGCGGCGAUGCCGACGCCGGUGAGUGUAGCGAGGCAAUGCCUGACGGAGGAGGCGGCUCAGGCGCUCGAUGAGGCUGUGGUCGUGGCGCGAAAGCGAGGCCACACCCAAACGACGUCGCUUCACGCCGUCUCCGCCUUCCUCUCUCUCCCUUCCUCCUCUCUCCUCCGCGACGCCUGCUCUCGCGCCCGCAACUCCGCUUACUCUCCCCGUCUCCAGUUUCGAGCCCUCGACCUCUGCCUCAUGGUUUCCCUCGACCGAAUCCAGUCGGGUCAAUCCGGAUCCGGGUCCAGAUCAGACGACCCACCCGUCUCAAACUCUCUCAUGGCGGCGAUCAAGCGCUCUCAGGCCCAUCAACGGAGACUGCCAGAGAAUUUCCGUCUCUACCACGAGAUGUCUCAGCAGCAGAACCAGAGCGCGCUCUCCUGCGUCAAAGUGGAGCUUCGUCAGCUGAUUCUGUCGAUUCUCGAUGACCCGGUUGUGAGUCGGGUCUUCGGCGAAGCGGGUUUUCGGAGCUCCGAGUUGAAGCUCUCGAUUAUCCGACCGGUCCCUCACGUUCUCCGGUAUCCUCACUCUCAUGGGCCUCCGCUGUUCCUCUGCAACGUCGCGGAGGAUCCGGAUCCGGGCUCCGGGUCGGUUCUCCACCCGGUCCGACGGAGCUUCACCAUCCCGUACCGGAAUUUCGGCGGUUUGUUCGACGAGGACGCGAUUCAUCGGAGAAUUGGGGCUGUCCUAGCGAGGGGGACGGGGAGGAAUCCCCUGCUGGUGGGUUUAUCAGCGUACGGUGCUCUCACUGACUUCUUACAUUCUAUGGGAAAGCGAACCGACGGGAUCCUGCCGUCGGAGCUCAACGGAUUAAGCGCGAUUAACAUCGGAAACGACAUUUCCGGACAAAUAUCGGGAAAGUUCGACAAGACAUACGUGGACAAGAGGUUUCAGGAAUUGGGCAAGCUCGUGGAGGACAGCUCGGGGCCAGGGUUGAUCCUGAACUACGGGGAUCUGAGGGCGUUCACGGAUAGCAACGGCGAGUCGGCGGCGGCUUAUUACAUCGUGGGAAGAGUGUCGGAGUUGUUGCAGAGACAUGGUCGGAGAGUUUGGCUGAUCGGAGCGGCGACAAGCGACGAGGUUUACUAUAAGUUCGUGAGGAGGUUUCAAGGUGUGGAGAAGGAUUGGGAUCUGCAGGUACUCACCAUCACUUCUCUUAGGCCUUGUUUGGCUGACAAAUCUUUCCCCAAGUCCAGUUUGAUGGGGUCAUUUGUUCCGUUUGGUGGAUUCUUCUCAAGCCCUUCUGAAUUGAAAUUACCCUUCUCCGGUUACGCACAAAACCGGAAUCAGAAGAACGAAAUAGCUGGUUUACCAAAUACCAAACCGGUAUCUGAUCAGCACCAAUCUACUUUGCCACCUUGGUUACAGAUGACCACGACAGGGAUCGAUUUAAACCAAGAAUCUGGCUCGAAGACCAAAGAAGGGCUUGACUCGGGCAGUGUCCUCAGGUCUGGGAGCAGUGUUUCUGUCUCAACCGGUUCAGAUAAUUCGGUCGCCAUUGAUCUGAACCUUGGAAUAUGUUCCGUCGCCUCUGGAAACGAGGUUAAGAAGCACAUGAGUGAAAAUCAAGUCGAGACAAGUCACGACAAAGAUCUUUCUCAGUCCCGACCCUCAUUAUCCGAGAGAGAUUUUACUACAGAGAGUUUCAAGAUAAUUUUCAGAAAGUUAACCGAGAGAGUUUCUUGGCAAAACGAGGCUGCUAGGGUUAUCAGCAGUUCAAUGGCACACCAGCAUAAUGUCGGCAUGAGAAGAGACUUGUGGUUUCAUUUUGUCGGGCCUGAUCCCGUGGGCAAGCACAGAAUCGCGCUUGCAGUUGCCGAGAUAAUGUAUCAGAGCGAAAAAAGAUUCAUGGGCAUUGAUCUCGGCGAUGAGGUGAGGUUGAGGGGCAGGACAAUGGUUGAUUAUGUCUUUGAAGGGUUGUGUAAGAAUCCCUUCUGUGUAGUCUUUCUCGAGAAUUUAGACAGGGCAGAUGAACAGCUUCAAAGGAGCUUGUCAAUGGCCGUUCAGUCUGGGAAGUUUAAGGAUUCGCACGGGAGAGAAGUUGGCAUAGGAAACACAACGUUCGUGGCAACUUCGUCGUCGUCAGAACAUUCUGGAACAACAAAGGGUUCUUCUCUCUGUUAUUCAGAGGACAGAAUCUUGGAAGCCAAGGUAAGAAAAGUGGAGGUAUCGGUCGAAAUCGCUUCCACGUUACAAUAUCUGAGAUGCAUUUCCAGCCCGAGCUCGAUGAACAAGAGGAAGCUUACGGGUUUCGACAAAACUCAAGAGAGAAGCGAGAUUUCAGAGACAACGAAACGAUCUCACAGGGCGACAACCGGAGUUCUUGAUCUGAACGUUCCAGCCCAAGAUACCGAAAAUCCGGAAACAGUUCCAUCUGACAAGAACGCCAAGCUCUGGUUAGAAGAAACCUUCACGAGUGAGACCCGAGUCGUGACCGUUCCAUUCAAGCCCUUCGAUUUUGAUGGCUUAGCGGAAAGAAUCGAGAAGGACAUCAUAGAGACGCUGAAGAAGAGAGUGAAAUGUGAUUGCUCGAUAGAGAUAGACCCGAAAAUAAUGGAACGUUUGAUCGCAACUGUUUAUUUCUCGGACAGUAAAGAUGUCUGCAAAGAUUUGGUGGAGAGAGUAAUAAGCAGAGCAUUCAUGGAAGCUCGAGAAAGGUACGGCGAGAUCACUUCUACUUCUGUUGUAAGAGUCAUUGGUCGUGAUCUCGACCAGGUAAAUGGACUUCUUCCAUGUAAGAUCGUGUGAGCUAUAAGAGGAGGAAGGUUGGGGGAAACUGCAAAAAAAAAAAAAAAAAAACACGUGUUCUUAUUGUUUGGAUGUAUAAUAUAAGGUAGAGUAAGGUCCUCUGUUUUGGCCGAAGCUUUUUUUUUUUUUUUGUGUGUAUCAUGCAAUUGUUGAUGGGGUGUUCCUUUUUUUUGUAUAAUCAUUUUGUGUAAAUUUUGUUGUUU